AUGCAGGUCGAAACUCCGCAUCAACAGGAUCACAAUCCGCAGUCCUUGAAGUCAUACUCUCGAAUGAUGUCAAACGUCGGACACCACCAGCAGAUUUCCAGACUCCACGCACCUGAUGCGUCGCUUCCAUUGAUUCCCCAACCAUUGGUCCCAGUCCGAGCGAUAUGUCAACGCCUCUUGUCGGUACGAGGGAGUCCACCUGGAACCUCGGCAGCCAUAUCCGAAGCCGAAGUGAGGUUGCUAUGCACGCUGGUACGGCCCAUACUCCUCCAGCAAGCCAUGUUGCUAGAGCUUGAAGCGCCCAUCAAGAUUAUUGGAGACAUCCAUGGACAAUACAACGAUUUGCUUCGUAUAUUCGAAUAUGGUGGCUUUCCGCCCUGUGCUAACUAUCUUUUUCUUGGGGACUAUGUCGAUCGAGGGAAACAAUCCAUCGAAUCUAUAUGUCUGCUCUUUUGUUACAAGAUUCAGUAUCCCGAAAACUUUUUCUUUUUACGUGGCAACCACGAAUCGGCCUCCAUCAACCGGAUUUAUGGAUUUUACGACGAAUGCAAACGACGGUUUUCCAUCAAGCUUUGGAAGGUCUUUUCCGAUGUCUUCAAUUGCUUUCCCAUUACGGCCUUGGUGGACGAAAAGAUUCUUUGUAUGCACGGUGGAUUGAGUCCCGAACUCUCCAGUUUGCAACAAAUUGCCGACAUUCAACGACCGUGCGAUGUACCCGAUGGAGGGAUCAUGUGCGAUUUACUAUGGAGUGAUCCCGAUGCAGGAAUUACGGGAUGGGCAUCCAAUGAUCGAGGAGUAUCCUACGUUUUUGGCAUUGACGUGGUCAACAAGUUUUUGGAGCAGCAUGAUUUGGACUUGAUUGUCCGAGCGCACCAAGUGGUCGAAGAUGGAUACGAAUUUUUUGCGGGCCGCAAGCUUGUGACGUUGUUUUCAGCCGCCAAUUAUUGUGGCGAAUUUGACAAUGCCGGGGGCAUGCUGUCCAUUGAUGAGAAUCUUAGCUGUUCCUUUCAAAUUUUGAAGCCGAGUGGAAAGACCAAACGGCGUUUGAAACCACGAACAUCAUCAUCACAAACAGGAAAGGAGAACGAUGAUGCUAAUGAUGACAACGACAAUUCCAACAAAUCUCGAAUGGAGCUCGACUGA